UCUGAAGUUAGGUAAUAUUAACAGUAUUUAAAAUAUUGUGUUAUAAUCAAAAAGCCAAAAAAACAGCACCAUCACAGCUUCAUAUAUCCAUUAUUUCCACUAGAUUUUCCAGCCCCACUUUCCUCCUUCCUCCAUAAUACCCCCUUUCUGCCUUCUCCUCUCAUUCCACAUUGAUUCCACCACAACUUUCUUGAAAAAAACAGUAGAUCAAGACUUACCCAGUUCAGCAUUUCUUGAAUCUUGGAAAAAAGAUUCAAGCUUUACAUGUUUUGAGCUUGUGGGGGUCUUCUUUUCAGCUCUAAUUUGAGUACCCAAAAUCAGUAUGUACGGUAGGGAUCCAUGGGGUGGACCGUUGGAGAUCCACACCGCUGAUUCAGCUACAGACGAUGACAGGAGCAGGAACUUGCAAGAUUUCGAUAGGGCGGCGCUGUCCAGGUCACUGGAUGAGACACAGCAGAGUUGGCUGUUGGGUCCAACGGAGCAGAAGAAGAAGAAGUAUGUGGAUCUUGGUUGUAUUAUUGUGAGUAGGAAGAUUUUUAAGUGGACUGUGGGGUGUAUUAUUGCAGCUGCGGUUUUAGCUGGAUUCAUCAUCAUGAUUGUUAAGCUUGCACCUAGACACAAAAACCACAAUCCUCCACCUGAUAAUUAUACUCUUGCUCUCCGUAAAGCCCUUAUGUUCUUCAAUGCCCAGAAAUCUGGAAAAUUGCCCAAGCACAACAAUGUGUCAUGGAGGGGGAAUUCAUGUUUGCAAGAUGGCAAGUCAGAUGAUUCAACUAUGUUCAAAAAUUUGGUUGGGGGGUAUUAUGAUGCAGGAGAUGCAAUCAAGUUUAAUUUCCCUCAGUCAUUUGCUCUCACCAUGUUGAGUUGGAGUGUGAUUGAGUACAGUGCAAAAUAUGAAGCUGCUGGGGAGCUCGCUCAUGUUAAAGAUACUAUUAAGUGGGGUACUGAUUAUCUCCUGAAGACCUUCAAUUCCUCUGCUGAUACCAUAGACCGGAUUGCUGCACAGGUUGGAAAAGGGGAUACCUCCGGAGGGCCUGAGCCCAAUGAUCACUAUUGCUGGGUGCGUCCAGAAGACAUUGAUUAUGCUCGGCCUGUGACUGAAUGUCACGGCUGCUCGGACCUUGCUGCAGAGAUGGCUGCUGCGCUGGCUUCUGCAUCCAUUGUUUUUAAGGACAACAAGGCUUACUCACAAAAACUUGUACAUGGUGCUAGAACUCUCUUCAAAUUUUCUAGAGACCAGCGUGGUAGAUACAGUGUCGGCAAUGAUGCUGAAACUUUCUACAAUUCCACCGGCUAUUGGGAUGAGUUUAUAUGGGGUGCAGCUUGGCUGUAUUAUGCAACUGGAAAUUCUUCAUAUCUUCAGCUUGCUACAACUCCUGGUAUUGUCAGACAUGCUGGUGCUUUCUGGGGAGGUCCUGAUUAUGGUGUGCUCAGCUGGGAUAACAAGCUCACUGGAGCUCAGGUGCUACUGAGCCGUAUGAGGCUGUUUCUGAGCCCUGGAUAUCCUUAUGAAGAAAUUUUAAGGACAUUUCACAACCAGACUAGCAUAAUCAUGUGCUCCUACUUGCCAAUCUUCACUUCUUUUAAUCGCACAAAAGGAGGGCUAAUCCAAUUAAACCAUGGAAGGCCUCAGCCUCUCCAGUAUGUAGUCAAUGCAGCCUUCCUGGCUACCUUGUUUAGUGACUAUCUUGCAGCUGCCGACACUCCUGGAUGGUACUGUGGACCAAAUUUCUACUCCACUGAUGUCCUGCGUAAAUUCGCGGAGACCCAGAUUGACUACAUCCUUGGCAAGAAUCCCAGGAAAAUGAGUUAUGUUGUUGGCUUUGGCAAUCACUACCCUAAGCGGGUCCACCACAGAGGGGCAUCAAUUCCUAAAAACAAGGUCAAGUAUAACUGUAAAGGUGGAUGGAAAUAUAGAGAUUCAUCCAAGGCUAAUCCAAAUACUAUUGUUGGAGCCAUGGUUGCUGGACCAGACAAGCAUGACGGUUUCCAUGAUGUCCGUUCUAAUUACAAUUAUACAGAGCCUACUCUUGCUGGAAAUGCUGGUUUAGUUGCAGCUCUUGUUGCUCUAUCUGGAGAUAGAGACGUCGGAGUUGAUAAGAACACUUUAUUCUCUGCAGUACCACCGAUGUUCCCCACUCCACCACCUCCCCCAGCUCCUUGGAAACCAUGAUCUUUGGAUCUUUAAAACUUCGUAUGAGCCUCUCUCUUGUCUGAGUGUAGGUUCCUUAUUUUUGAUACUGUGAUUUGAUAUUAGAUUCUGAGACAAAAGAAGAAAGAUGAAAGACAAGAAACUUGGAUGUGCACCUUGAACAUAGUAGUUUGGGCAUUACUAGGACUAGCAAGUGGAAUUCUUGAAGAAAAAGCCCAAUGGCAUGUCUGUUAAUUACUUUGAAUGUAUCGUCUACACACAGUAUGUAUGUAACGUAACCAAUCAUGUAUUCUUUGAACAAUGUAACUGAACGUGAACCUCAAUUUCCUCGGAACAAGUUUUCACGCAAUGUUCAUCAUCUAUUUCGGUUU